GAUUACCAAUAAUUUCGUAUAGCAUCAACCUAUUUAAUGUAAAAAUUGAUUUCUUAUAUUUUUUCCUCCGAAAUGCAUUGAAAACACUUUUUACGCUAUUCAGAGUACUUUUAAACCUCUAGAAAUGCAUUCCGGCUAAGUGGCGCUAUAAAAUUGGUGUCUGUUUGGUCAUCCUAGGGGAACUCGAGUCUUUUCGAAAUACAAUUGAAGGGCUUCAUGAUUACAUUUUCCAGAAAAAUUUUAGAUGCAAUUUAACGUAUUAGGACUGAAGUGAGAAUUUUCCUGAUUCCUCUCUCCAUCGCAUUUUUGGUUCCGAAAAUUUUAGGUUCCUUUUUCCUACGAAAAAUUGACUAACAUUAACCUGAGGAGUGAAAUGGUGAUGGGGCGAAAAAAAUAAACUUUAACAAAUCGUAGGGAAAUUAUUUGAUAAGCUUCGAAAAUUGUACAUGAAUGGAACGGUUAUCUAGAAUUUUUUAGCCGUCCUCAAGUAAUAGAAAAUUCGACAAGGCAUUAUAAUUAUUUUGCUUCUCCGAACAGAUAUUUUACAGAAAACAGUCGUUGGGAGCCCCUGAUAUUUGGAGCCGGCAGUAUGGUUUGGUUUUCUGAAUGCAAUGUCUCCUAAUUUCCUAGUUGACUUCUAGUAGCUGUAUGGGAUAUAUUAUAUAUAUAUAUAUAUAUAUAUAGUCUUGCCUUUUUACGAGCUGAAGCAAUGCUUUACGAUAUAAUCCUUGUCUUCUUCAGAAAACGUAAAUCUGUUAAUCUUCACUGGUUGGUGAUUUGGUGAGUUGCAAAAGAUUUCUUACAUGCUACCUCAUGGGCACCCGACGUCUGUUUUCUGUAAAAUAAUUCUGUUCGGAGAAGGAAAUACUGGCUAGAAAUUUUCUUUUGUUUGAGGACGGCUAAAAAUUUCUAGAUGAACGUUCCAUCCAUCUACAAUUUUCGAAGCUUAUCUAAUAAAUUCCAUAAGAUUUUCUUAAGUUUAAUUUUUCAUAUUUUACUAACCAUAGGUUUUUUUAGAAAAACGAAACCUAAAAUUUUCUGAUAGACUAAUUAAAAAUGUGAUGAAGAGAGGAAUCACAAAUAAUUAAAAUUCUCACUUUCGUAAAACGUUACAUUGUACAUAAAAUUUUCGGAAAAAUAAUACUGAGAGAGGUCAUUCUGAUUUCGAAAAGCCUUAAGUUCCUCUAGGAUGACUGAAAAGAUAAAACUUUUAUACCACCGCUUAGAAUACAUUUCUAGAGAUCUAAAACACUGAUAAGCCUAAAAAGUGUUUUCAACGUGUUUUGGAGAAAAACGUCGUUGGGAGCCCCUGUGCCUUAGCUACUUGAUUUAAGAUUGCCUUAAUCUUAUAACAGAAGACAAUUUUUAAUAACGUUGUUUGUUUUCAUCUGUGAAAUACGAUAGAGAACACAUUGAACUGUUAUACUAAUUAAAAAGGAUUUCAGAAAACUUGUCCUUGGUAACUAACCGUUUCUUAGCGUGCGUAUUUCUGCCUUUUUUCCAAAAAAAUGAACUCGCCACGAAGCUUAAAAUUUACCCGUUUUCAUUCUUAUUAAUUUAUUGAAAGCAGCUUUGAAAACAUGCAGUGUUCACCUGCUGCAAUCCUAAUCACGCUUAAAUAGUUUUUCUAAAAAAUAUAAUUUAUAACAAAACAAAGAUAAUACCGGAUGAGUUAUUUUCUUCCUUCCCCGAAAAUCUCUUUUCUUUGUUACAAUCCCUUUGUCGUCUCAACUGGAGACGACUAGUGACAUUUUUUUUUUUUUUCAAAAUAUAUAAAAUCAUCUGAUUGAGACAAAUAACAAGAUAAAUUGGGCUGAAAUUCCAUCUGUUCCGUUGUGAACAAAAGGUUCUGCCUCAAGGCUAUUAAAGAACGUUCACUUUUGGAGAAAGAAAAGGAAGAGAUUCUGGGAAAAUUACUGAUUCUGAGACUGAUAUGUCUAAGUGCUUUUUUAUUUUGCAGUUACCUCGAUCGCUAUCACUCUACUGAGCGCUAUAAGUCUGCAUAACGGGGAGAAGUUUUUUGCGAUGGAAAGCAUUUACGAAAAUUAGAUCUGGGCAUGAAAUAACAGAUGAUGUGAAUUUCACUUAUUUUGAUCAAAAUAGCUCUCAAGAUGCUCCAGAGCUUGAUAAGGCUGAUGAAAGUAGAGUGAGCAUGUUUUGUCUACAGAGGAGGAUUUUUAAUUGGUAAAUCUAUUAAUGAAUAAAGUUUCUGCACAGUUUUUGUAGCUCAGUUGAAGGCAAACAAGCAAAAAUAUUUUCUUCAGCUAGUGAAAGUCUAAACUGCAAAUAACUGUUCUGAAAUUUUUCAGUAUGGUGAUUUACUGAGGGGUAAUUACCGUUGAAUAGAAAUACCCCACAGGCAAAUAAUAAGAAUUGUUGCCCCUUACUUGCACGCGAAAAACAUGAACAAUUUUAUUACCUUUCCUUUUUUGCCAGUUUGGUUUUUACGAUCUAUGUUCGUUGAACGAAAACAUCGUCGUAUCUUUUUUCAUUCUAUGUUUUAACCCUUUAAACCCUAAUAUCAAUAUUCAAAUUCUCAUUUGUUGUCCCUAUAUGUUUUCAAUAGAAGUCGUGGGGAGAGUCUGUUGAAGUAUCAAUUAAAUUCAUCUUGUGUGAUCCUGUCCUCAAUUCUCAUGACCACUGUGUUUUAUAAAGCAGUGAUAAUACAAGGAGAAAUUUGCACUGAUCACUCUUAGGGCUUAAAAGGGUUAAAACUCAUCACCCUUUUAGUAUUUUACUCUAAACUUUGAGCUCGGGCCACUCGCGCACUUUCAACUUCUCUUGUGAUGAACCUCAAUUUUACAUGUAAGGAACCGCCCGCAUACUAAUGAGUAAAAUCUUUUGUGAAUCUGUUGUGAUCACAUGGACAGUUCGGCUUUUCACACAGCCGUUUAAGUGGCUUCAUGUCGUUUAUAAAAGGUGGUUUGCCGUCUGUUUCCUAGAAAAUCUUGUGCGGAAGGCUUGGAUCUCUGCCGCCGGAAUAAGUUCACGAAUGUACGAGAUAUUGAAUAGCCAUUGGCUGUUUAAUUAAAAGCUCUUGAAUUUUUAGCUUAUUAUCAUCAUAAUAAUAGUAAUAAUAAUAACAAAAAUAAUAAUUUUGAAUAAUAAUAAUAAUAAUAAUACAUUAUUGAUUUAUUAUUGAUCCAAGUGUAAUAUAAAAUGAACUGCAGCGUGGAUGAUUUUCGAAUUUAGGGCUUAGACAUUUCUUAAUUCGUCUGUUUUGAAAGUCGAACAGGAAAAUUGACCCUUUCAUUAAUUCCGCACCAACCCAGGUGAACAUCUCUAUGUUUAAGAGAGGCAAAUUUUGAUUAAAAGCUUUCAAAUCGGUUUGUGAUCUGAUUUUAGAAGAAGGAGAUGGAGAAAGGUUCUUUACCGUAAUUUGUCUGCCUUUACGAGGGCAGGUAGUAGUGACAAAAUGGUAAUAAAUAAGAAAACUAGGUUAGAAAAAUUCCCUAGAAACACCGGCAGUCGUUUAACUUCAUGGCAAAAUAUCGAUAAGAUACACUGAAAAGUUAACGCAUUACUUGAGAAUAGAGAACCACCCAAAAGACAAUUUUUUUCCUGGUUACAGUAUUUGUUUUCUUGUACAGGAUACAACGGUUUUUUAAAGUAAUAAAUAAUAUAACAAACAAUGACAAGUUCUGACAAAAGGCGUCACAUUUACCUACGAUGCCCACACUGAACCUCGACAGUCAAUUGCUGUAUUCGAUUCAAGGAAUUCUAAAAAUUAAGAGCAGUUCACUGAUUAAUUUAAUUUUCAAGGUAAGUCUUGUCGGCAGAUGUCAUUUUAUAGUACUUACAGUUCAUCCAAAUAUUCUUCUACACUAUCUGGUUCUAGGUUAGUAUUCACCUUUGGCAAUCUUUAUUGCUUAAAAUACAGAAGUCUUUAAAAUAGUCGUUUUCUUAAUGGAUCAGUUCUCCCAAAGGUGUUUAUCUCCAGUUUUGUUCUAAAAAACAACUCAAAUGCACAAUAGGCAGCCUAUACUUUACAAAAGCAGGAGCCGAUUUUAAUUAAUUUGAAUCACAGUUUAUAGUGGAAUAAGUUAAAUAUGCUCUAAAUGCCGUCUUUUCAAAUUAGAAAUAACUGCAGUCCUCAACAUGAUUUAGCUUGUUUUUGCGUUAUUCUACUUUUCUAUGAUGCUUGUGAAUUUGCAAAAAUUAAAACACACACUGUUAAAAGUUAUGCGAUUCUUUGUAAGUGCCAGACGUUGUAAGUCACUGGGCAUCUUUUUUUUGACAAUUCUUUACAUAGAGAACGGGUAGGCUUGUCUGCAAGAAUAAUCACAUUGGUUUAAGGAUAUUCAAUCUGCAAACGUUUGAAAAUACGUGUUCGAAAAAAAUAAUCCAAGCCUUUCAAGUGUGCCUAUUGUAAUUCCGUUUUAAUUGAUUAACAUUCAUGUACUCUGCACGAUAAAUGUCUAUUCAAGUACGGUCCACAGUCUUUUUGAGUCCCUUUGGUCAAACUGAUUCAGUCUGAUGAACACUGAUUACGACAAAUUCUCCUGACCGUUGUAUUCUCCUUCUUUUGCCAGAGUAAGUAAACUGACGGGACACCAGGAAACCAAAGCAGUUAAAAAACAUGGCUAUAUCCUCUUAUGAGCUUCAUGGAGAGAGACCGCUGUAUGCAUAUUAUGGAUCGUCUAUGUUUAUCAUACUGACCUUGGGUCUCCUUGGCAACACACUGACACUGAUUAUCUUGUUUCAUCCUCACCACCGGAAAAAACGCAUGACAAGUAUGAUGGUGAACUUGUGUGCCGCAGGUAUUUCAAUCAAGAUAUCAAUUAUCAAAUAGAGUGCUAGAUACAUCUAGCCGGAUUUAUGAAAACCGCACUAGCUGGCUCCUCGAAGCCUCACAGCUUAAACAGACUCAACUAAAGUGUGCGAAUAUUCUCAUGAUGAAUAUUCUGGUCCGUUUUGAGACAUGUUUUCAAAAAUUCGGCUAAAAUAUAGGCCGGUCCCUUAAGGCCUCGGUAGCUUUCUAACAAGAACUAACUAUAGCCAGCCAAAACGAAUCUAUCGUGAAAUUUGGCAGGAUUUUUGCGACAAUUCUUCAGUGGAUUCUAGAUUCCACGUCGUGGAUUCCAGAUUCCGGUUACUGUAUUCCUGAUUUUUUUUCAGUGGAACUUGGAUUCCGGACUCCUGAAUUCGGAUUCCCUUACAUUGUACGAAACUGUGACAAAACACUAAUUUCAGGGGCACCCAACGACAGUUUCCUCCUACAUACACUGAAAACACUUUUUAAGCUAUCCAGAGUACUUUUAGAUCUUUAGAAAUGCAUCAUAAGCGCGCUAUAAAAUUUGUAUCUGUUGUUUGGUCAUCCUAGGGGAACUUGAGUCUUUUCGAGAUUUUAAGGGCUUCAGUAUUAUUUUCCUGAAAAUUUUAGAUGCAUUUUAACGUAUAUUACGAAAGAGAGAAUUUUUCUGAUUUCUCUCUUCAACACAUUUUUGAAUCCGAAAAUUUUAGGUGUCCUUUUUUCUACGAAAAGUAGCCUAACCUGGGGAGUGAAAUGUGAAAAAUACAUGAAACUUGUACCUGAAUGGAACGGUCAUCAAGAAAUUUUUAGCCGCUCUCGAGUAAUAGAAAAUUCAAAGCAAUAUUUGUUUUCUCCGAACAGAUAUUUUAAAGAAAACAGUCGUUGGGUGCCCCUGUGAUGUUAAAAGGUUGAACGUAAGGCUACCAUUAUUCUAUUAAGGUACCUUUUAUUAUCUGCAGAUCUUCUAGUGUGCCUACUAGGUUACACUGUAGCUGUCAGCUACAACACGACAGAUUUUGCCAACACUGGCGAAGCACCAGUGCUCUGCUUUUGGUUGGCCAUUGUAAACUGUGUCACGGGUCUGGCUUCAAUCGCUUCCCUGACUGCCAUGGCAGUCCUGAGUUAUCGGGGCAUCGCGAGAAACGAGUUUUCACAGCAGAACAGAAUGAGCCGUAAACUUGAGGUCUUACUUAUUUCAGGUAGGGUAAGAGGAGUUGUCAUAGGAAAUUUAGAGAAACGCAACCACCACGACCUAUAGCCAGAUUGCAAGCAGUCUCUUUUGCUCGAGAAUCUGUGAUCGAGGCCGAUAUUUGAGUAUGCGAGAGGCGAAGUCGCGAACAGCGAGUUGUGUUGGCGCCACCGCCGCUCGUAUUAGACCCCUGCAUAUCGUGCUCGCUCACAGAUUUUUGAGCAAAAGAGAGACUUCUUGCUUUCUAGGAACUAGCGAAAACUAAAUGUAACGGCUUAAACCAUUUAUGAAAGGGUUAAGGAAUAGAGCAAACACAAAAGAUGCCAAAAAAUGGGCAAAGUUGAAGGCGAUUCAGAAACGGAUUACAACUUGGGUUAUUGAAAACUGUCCCGCCCGGCCCAUUAUAGUUUUUCGAAGUUUAUCUCUCUCGUUUGCAAAUUUAAGAACAGAGCUUGCGGUACAUAAGUAUUGACUGUCAUGAGGCCAUUAUUUUGUCAUCUACAAGAAAUUUCCUUGCAAAACUAGUAUCACAGCGAGCGCACUAGGAUGAGUAAUAAGCGAAAAAAAUACAAAAGAAAAUCAUUUUGACACAGCAAAAUGAAAAAGAAAAACAGCGUCUCAGCGAGCCUUGAGUAUCACCAAGAGACAUGCAGUACCCUGGACUUGGCUUGCUGGUAAUCAAAAGUAUUUCUAAGCGACAUUCGAGCAUUUCUUGACCCUAUAUAUAACUUUCCCACCAGGAUCUUUUUUCAGCACAAUCGUGUUUUCAUCGUUUUUAACUUAAGUCAGAAAAACGACCAAGAAUCAUAUACUGCAAUUACAUUAUAGUAACACAAUCUUUUGUAAAUUUUUGGUUUUAAAAGGGACUUGGAUAUACGCGAUCAUGCUGACAAUACCUCCAGCGUUUGGCUGGAACAGAUUCAUUCCCAUUCCCUCGAGAAUUAGCUGCCACCCGGAUUGGUAUUCGUCAAAACUGUCUGACCAGGCUUACAUCAUAUACCUGACCCUGUUUGGCUUCUUUAUCCCUCUGUUAGUCAUCAUUUGCAGCUUUACAGGAAUUUACAGGUAUUCAACUUUUUUGCUUGCUUUUUUACUUUAAAUGCGUGUGGCAUUUAAUCAGUCUUACUAAACCUAGCGAACUUGGCACAGUGUGGAAAAAUCCAUCCAAGUAACUGUGAGUUGAACCUUUUCCGGAUCAUUUUGCGUUGCUAUGAAACUCCCCAUCUACCCCUUCCCUAAACCAACAAUAACACCUAGUUAUUACUUAGGGCAAAAUGUUGGUUUAGGGGAAGGGUAGGUGGAGAGUUUCCCAGAAACGUAAAAUGGGGCGAGUAAAACACCGAAAAUACCGUUCCUCGUUAUUCCUCGGUCUUUCUUUGCUCCGAAACUACAAGGAAACGCUUGAUACGCAGGCUAGAGAAGGACUACUUUCAACCCAUCUUCCUCAAAAUUCAACAUUGUUGGGGGUAGUAGAGGGGAGGUCACUAGGUCUACUAAUAUCACUGGAAAGGUCCCAAGACUUUGACUUCCAGUUUAAUUCCUUUCACCGAGGUCAUACUAAAAAAUUACAGGGUGUAUGCAAUCUGAUAUUUAGUUUAAUCAUUUGUUUCACUGUUACCCAUCUGCCUGUUAUUCCAGAGUGCGUACUGAAGGGUUAAAGCGACCGGGAUAAUCGAAAGGGGGCAAAAAAUAAAAAAACUUAACAAAACGACAUGGACCAAAAAGUAAUCACCAAAAGUCCCAGGCCGAAUAACUGAGCCUUAAAAAGUUAUCGUAAAGGAGUAAAUGAUGAUUACAGAGGGCAAAGAAAACGAAAUUUGAAUGAUCUCGGUUGUCUGUUCAUCGUAUCACAUGAAUUUUUCUUUUCCUCGUCUGGCAAUCUAGAACUACCCGCGAGCAGUACUCACGAGGUGCGACACCAAUCUUCAGAUUGUUUUGAAUACCCAAAAAAUCUUAAAUGUAAUGAAGGCACUCAAGAAAAUGUUUGCCAAAUUAUCAUACUUAGACUAGCCAAUCCUUAGAUUAUCUCUGUCACUUUAACUCACUUUAACUGCGGAAUACCCCCCUCCCUAAGCAUAGGGGAGGGGGCUUGUGACGCGCUUCGUGGCGUUAAAGAGGAGAUGAGGCCUUAAGGACCUUAAGGGCUUUUGUCAAACUAAGAUACUUAAAAUAUACGAAAAUAGCUUAUCGUCACGAUGACAGGUAACCUUGAUUGUAAACUAGCGUGUAAGACUUGUCUGAAGUGUUUGUCGAUGGUAAUUCACAAGCCCCAUGCAAACGGCCGCAACAUCACAUGUUGCGCUCGUUUGCGCACCCUGUUGCAUGUUGUUGCGAGUUGUUGGGAAAAGUUUGUUACAUCCAACAAUUUUGGGAGUUGUUGGCCAACAAUGUUACGUCCGUUUGCACGGGGCUUUACUCAUAUAAGACGUUACUGGCUCAUUCAAAUUGAGAAAUUGCUCAGUCAAUCUGGCACAGAAACGAUGUUGGUUUCCAGUAAUAUUCAAGAAAUAAUGCCUCAAAGGUAUCAAUAAACUUUCAUUUAAUGAUGUUGAGGCUUUUUUCUAUUAUCUGUUUGUUUAUUUUCUUUUGAUGCGACACUGGAAGUAUUUGCUAUGUCAAUUUCACAGGAAACAUCGGGUUCAUCUGCGCUGCAAUCAGCGUUAAGACACAUAAAUCACAACUUUCUAUUUACCAUUAGCCGAAUAAUGCCAACCCUAAAAGUAUCGACCAAGUCUUAUGUUUUGAAGCCUUUAGAGGAGAGCAACAUUCUCUGUGAUAAAUAACAAGACUUGGCUGUAACAAGCGCAAAUUGAUCGUUUCCAAAUCCUCUGUGAUGUGUCCAAAUCCCAUGGAAGUACUGGAGAAGAGCGAAUUUAACGGGCUGUAUAAAUAGGUGCUGCUCUUGUAGCGGAGUUUUAACUUGAUACCCAUCUUUUGAGGACGUGAGACUCACUCCGGCCUACGAACAGCCGUAACUUGUUAUUUAUUUGCGUCUUUUUAAGAUCUUACUUUCGGGAUUGACUUAAAUUUUCAAUAUGAAAUUGAAAAUUUUUUUCAAUUUUUUUCUUUACAUCUGGUUGCGGACGACAAGAGGAACCCGCAAUUCUAAUCUCCAGGUUGUUUUUACGCAUGCGUCGCAUGUAUGUAGCCAGCAUUGUCCACUAGGAAAGAAUGGAAUGCACAGAACGCAAUUUGAUCACUCGCGUUUGGACCUAGUCUAUCACUCGUAAUCUGAUCACGCGUGUUUUGACUAUCUAUCACGUGAAAAUUGCCCAAAGCAGAGCAGCGUUGGAGCAAAAGCGUUUUCACCUUCGAUCGUUGUCGCGCCCACUCCGUAACUUUUGGUUAUUACUAGUUAGUAGUUAGAUAAGUACUACUUAAGUUUUAUAUUGUUAGGUAUAUCAAGAACACCUCCGUGCCUCAGGGAAUGGCAGAUGGAUCGGCACAGGAAAGGCAAAGAAGAAGUAUCAGGAAGACCCUCAAGAUCGUUAUUGCCAUGACAAUGGCUUUCUUCAUCAGCUGGUUCCCAUACGCUUUCUCCAGCUUGGUGGGUUCUGCGCUUGGACACGAAAGUAUCUCUCCCGCAUACUCCAUGAUUCCAGAGCUGAUGGCCAAAGCUUCCGUUAUCUACAACCCGAUAAUUUACGUGCUCCUCAACGCAAAGUUCCGGCUGACCUUGCUCAAUAUGCUCAGCUGCUCGUGGAAUCGUGUUGGAGAUAACAGCACUGACGAUUCAGACCUUGAUAACGGCUCCACAUCGGGAGGACAGGAGAUGUUCAGAAACACAGUUGGUAUCGGUCACGCAAGAGAGGCGUAGGAAGCAACGGAACCUGGAGUUGACAGGGCAGAUUUUUUUUUUCUUUUCUCUUUUUUCUUUCUUAACUCUCGCACGAUCAAGGGCUUUUAAGCCGGCUUUAUUAGCGAGCGUAAGCAUUGGCGAAGGCGGCAGUAGGAGGAACGUCCCUAAACAAGAGGUUCAGUUAUGACGAUCUUCUGUCUCGAUUAUAUUACUACGUUUAUACCGCUAUAACGAUGGUUUUCAGGCCAGCACGGAAAAUUUUCUUAAAAUUUCAAAUUUAAAAAAAACUUCAGAUUGUCAUGGUUCGGAAAAAUAAGAACAAAAACGUUAAAUGGGUAUAAGUACAUUACUAGGAGUAAAAAAUGGUUCUAAGGGUGGAAGUAUGGGUUACUUUUUGAGUUGCAGGGGUA